AUGCAGAAGCACCGCAACAUCACCCUCGAGCGUCUCGAUAAGUUUCUUCAGGAGGGCCAGUUUUCGGACGUCAACCUCCAGUCGGUUCUCUGGAAAUACCGAGACGAGGGCAGCGUCAGCCUCUCUUACUAUGCUGUGCCUGAUCUCAAGCGCAUUUCUUUUGACGAAGCGUCCAGAGCUGUAUACACUCCCACAAGCGUCGGCCAGCGGCUGGGCCCGAGCUGGGCUACGUUCUGGUUCAAGAUUCACAUCCACCUCCCCAAAGAGCUCCAUGGAGAGGCUGUGCUCCUCUUGUUCGACCCCGAGUGCGAGGCCUUAAUAUGGUCAACCAAGGGCGAGCCUUUGCAGGGCAUCACUGGUGGCGGGGGUGGUAACAGGCAUGUCGACUAUUUACUGACCUCCAACGCUCUCGGAGGGGAGAACUUUGACUUUUUUAUCGAGGUUGCCUGCAACGGUCUCUUUGGCAACGGAUCGGACGGCAUGAUCAACGCCCCAGCUCCCAACAGAUAUUACAGACUGGUCAAGGCCGAGGUCGCGGUGCCAAACACUAUCGCACAGGCACUGCUGAUCGACAUGCAGAUCAUCAAGGAUAUGGCCCGAUACCUUCCGGAGAACUCGCAGGCGGCGGCAGACGCGUUGUAUACCGCCAACCAAAUUGUCAACGCCGUUCGGCCUGAUGUUCCAAGCACUCUGGCCAAGGGAAAAGAAAUCGCGGAUGCCUUUUUCGAAAAGCGGAAGAGAGCAGAGUCAUUCAAUGACCAUGUCGUUACCGCAGUUGGGCACUGCCACAUUGAUACAGCUUGGCUUUGGACCUAUGACGAAACCAAGCGCAAGGCCGCCCGAAGCUGGUCAACCCAGACCUGGGUCGAGAUGGAUUGCAACAUUCCCUCUGGCGAAGCAAUGUGCCGCCAAUUCCUCUAUGGACAGCGCUUCCUGGAGAAAACGUUUGGCAAAAGAAGCACAGUCUUUUGGCUUCCAGAUACCUUUGGCUAUCUUCCUCAAAUCGUCAAGGAAUCAGGACUGUCGUAUUUUUUCACCCAAAAGCUCAGCUGGAACAACAUCAACAGGUUCCCACACACAACGUUCUGGUGGAAGGGUCUGGAUGGCACGAGCGUCUUGACUCAUUUCUCACCCGCGGACACAUACAAUGCGCAAGCGACGGUUAAUGAAAUCCAGAUGAGCGUUACCAACAACAAGGAUCGAUCCUACAGCGACAAGAGUCUUCUGCUGUUUGGCAACGGGGACGGAGGAGGCGGCCCGCUCCCACAAAUGUUGGAGCGCCUUCGACGAAUGAGAAACAUCGAGGGCCUGCCCGCCCGCGUCGAGAUUGGUGAUCCGACGGCGUUUUACCAGCAGCUCGAGCAAACAAGCAGAGACUUGGUCGUGUGGCAUGGAGAGCUGUAUUUCGAGUUGCACCGCGGCACGUACACCUCUCAAGCGCACAUUAAGAAAUACAACCGCGCCUCAGAGCUACUGAUGAAGAAUGUCGAUAUGCUGUCAGCUCUGUGCGCCAUAUUAUCUGUUCCAAACUUUGUUCACCCGAAGGAGUCCAUCGACAAGCUCUGGAAGAAUUUGCUUCUAAACCAGUUCCAUGACGUCUUGCCUGGAUCCUCCAUUGAGUUGGCCAAUGUCGAUGCACGAGAGAUCUACAAAGACCUUGUCCAGGACGCAGAGAAGCUUGCCAAAGAGCUCUUCGAUAAACUCGCCGACCAUCUUUGCGACAACGCUGGCGGCGAGCCUGUGCUCAUUGUACUGAACCCGACGCCGUGGCCCAGAAAAACGUCAGUGGUCUUCAUCAACGAACUAUCUGCUCCAGACUCAUGGUUGCGCAUCGCUGCUAAUACCGACUGGAUCCAAAGUUCGUUUGUAUCUGUUGGAAGCGACUUGGAGUGUCGAGACAUGGACAAGUAUAUGGGCGAGGGCCACGGCUCGGUUCUUCAGAAAUCUGCAGCUGGAGGCUACACUGUCUUUGUCGAAGAGAUCGGCGGCUACAGCAUCAAAGCCGUACCACUCAAGUCCCUCACGAAGAUGGACGAGAUCAAGGCCAACGUGUUCCGAAUCUACGAAGAUAUCCCCUUGUUCUGGGAUGCCUGGGAUGUUGAAAUCUAUCAUCUCGAAAAGGGAUGGGACGCUGGUGUUGGUCAACUCGAGCUCGAAGAGGUCGGCUUUCUCCGUGUGGUGCUCAAGGUGGUUCAUCCGCUCAGCCAGCACAGCAGCCUGGUGCAGCGAAUUAUUGUCAACGCCGGUAGCAAGCAGAUCGAGUUUGAGAAUAAGGUCGACUGGCACGAAAAUCGCAAAAUGCUGGCAAGUAUCGUCCACGAUAUGGCGCGAAAGAAGCUGGAGUUCCAAGUCAACGUCAGCUGUGAUUACGCCACCUACGAAACGCAGUUUGGAUUCGUUCAGAGACCAACCCACUACAACAACAGUUGGGAUAUGGCCAAGUUUGAAGUCUGCGGACACAAGUUUGUGGACUACUCGGAAUAUGGCUUUGGUGUCUCCUUGCUGAACGACAGCAAAUAUGGCUUCUCGGUCCACGAAAACACCAUGCGCAUGAGCUUGCUCCGCGCCCCCAAGGCACCUGAUGAACACUGCGACAUGGGCGAGCACACGUUCCGCUAUGCACUGUACCCGCACGCCGGAACCUUCUACGAGUCUGAUGUAGUUCAAGCUGGCUACGAAUUCAACGUUCCCCUGAUUGCAAGACCAAGCCAGAGCACCCUCAGCUCCGGUAUGAUGCAGUUCUUCCGAGUUGCGCAAUCCAAUGUUGUUCUGGAUACGAUCAAGGUCCCCGAAGAGAGCCACGGCAAGGAGGCAGUUCUUCGGUUUUACGAAAGCAAAGGUGGACGAGGGAGGGUGGAGGUACAGAGUGCACUCCCUAUCCGUGGCGCGCAGCUGUGCAAUGUCUUGGAGGAGCGCAAAGGAGACAUUGAGCAUAGCCAGACUUCAUUUUCGUUCGAAGUUCUUCCUUUCAAAAUCAUCACCAUUCGACUCAGUUUUGAGUAG